GACUAAUCAUAACUUUUGAGUGUGCAUCCGACGCCUCACUCACUGGUAAGAGCACAGACUUUCCCGCCAGAAGAUUGAGCAACAUAAAAAGGGGCAUUGUCUAGGGUUUCAAUUCUCAGACGCAAAAAUCCCCAAAUUCACCUAAUCAUGUCAAACCAUGGUGAAGACCUCUCUCAAUUCGAUAUCUCCGUUCAGGAAAAGGACAAGCUCGUAGCGGAAGUAAUCCGCUACGUGCUUUUCAAGACGCACCACAACUCCGGCUGCCCAAUUAGGAGAGAAGAGCUGACUCAGUUGAUCACCAAAAACUACCGCCAGCGAAAUCUUCCGGUGCUAAUUAUCAACGAGGCAAUAAACAAGCUCUCCACCAUUUUCGGGUACGAAAUGAGGGAGCUUCAGAGGGCUCGUCCCUCCUCCAAUAACCAUCAGGGCCGCAAUUCUCAACAAGGUGCGGCAGAGGCGAAAACGUAUGUUAUCAUGAGUAAGCUGCCUGCUGAGGUGUACAAGAAGUAUGUUGAGGAUGUUAAUACGGCUCAUCUUACUGGAUUUACUUUCGUUGUACUGAGUAUUGUGCAUAUUUCAGGUGGUAAAAUCUCCGAAGAGAAUCUGUGGCAACAUUUGAGGCGGAUAGGACUGGAUGAAACUAACGAAAGCCAUCCAGUUCUAGGAAACACGAAACAAGCACUGGAGGCACUUGUCCAGCAAAGGUAUUUGCAGAAGGACAAACAAAGUGGACCUGAAGGCAAUACUUUGUUAUAUGAGCUUGCUGAGAGAGCUUUAGAUUCUCAAGUUACUGCAACCAUGAAAGAUUACAUAUCGCAGAUUGUGAAUAAAGAUGUUGGCUCAGUGGAGGAUGAGUAGUGCCCUGCUGCUAACUGGGAUCUUACUGCAGAUGUCUUCCAUUUUGGUUUUUGUCUGAACUGAAAUAGUGCUGAGCAAGUCCCUGCUUGAUAUGUUAAGCAGGGGCAGGGACUCUUUUUGCUUAAAAACUGGAUGUAUAUAAGUAUGCUAACAUGUGAUGGGAGAGAUAGACACAUGGUUGUAUGCAGCCGCUGGUAGGGAAGAUUAUAGUUGGCCAAAUUGACGAUGUCCAUGUUUCUAAUAUAUUUUAACCCCUAGAACUUCAUCUUCUUAUCAUUUUUCUCGGUGA